AUGGAUAUAAACAAUGCACUCCACAGAGAGAUCAAUGAAAUUGAAGAUAAGCUGAAGUCUUUUGAAGGCCUGCACCAAUGCAUAAUAGACGUUGAUGGCCAUUCAAGCGUAUAUAAAGGCGAAGUUCCAAGUGACACUGAUUGUAUAGUCAGGCGUCGCGAGGAUGGCCUUCUGAUUCUCAAGGGCUCCUCCGAGUUCAUGAUAGAUGCAAUAUCUAACCUCAUAAUACCAGCAACUAUAUCUAGGAUUAGGAAAGAAUCAACAUCUGUUUCCAUAGACAGGACACUUAGAUUGUUGGAGCAUCAUACUAAGCAUUUGGCUAAGAUACUAAAUGAGAAGCCCAACAGUAAGAAGCUGGACCUGAAUAUAGAAACCCAGGAAGUUUCCAAGCUUUAUGAAAGGUAUGCUAGAGAUCUUCGGAGUGGACUUGAUCUAGAAAAGCUGGUUUCAAGAUGCGAGGUGGACCUCAUUCACAGGAGUGGGGAGCAAUGGAUUGAUUGUGUAAGAAAGCUGUAUGAAUCUACUGUGUCGACUCGAGACGGAUUUCAUGAGGAAAAGGAUUUCUGGAGCAAAUUCUAUAUGACAAUGUGCUAUAUAAAGGAGUUCAGCAAGAGUGAGGUAUUCAGGUUUGCUCAUGAUGUUCUGAAGAGAAAUAGAAGGUUUGUUGUUGUAGCAACAUUAGAUAGCUUACUAUUUUCAGACAAGUAUUUUGAGCUUGGAAGAAGGCUCCAUGGAUUCUACGAGGACAUAGACUUUGAUGGGAUCUAUUUUCCAAAGAGCUUGGAUGAAUUCAAGAGUUCUACUAUAACUGCUAUAGAGAUGAUUGGUAAGAGUAUCGGGAGACAAUCAAAAAUGGCCAGAAAACUAAUUCUCAUGCAAAUGGAUCAUCUAGCCAAGCUGAUAGUAGACCGUGUGACUGAACACAUGUCAAUAGGGUUAAUUGGAUGUUUUGAAGAGCUGCUCAUACGUUGCAUAGAGGGUAUGUCUUCACUUGGAAUCUCUCUGAAUGAAGAAGAAUCCGAAAUGGGAUCCUUAGAAUCGUCACUGUUCUAUGAGUUUAGGGGUGGAGAAUGUCUGGAGAGAUUUUAUGUCGAGUUUAAAGACAUUAAGAGGAUCGUUCUCUUUGCCUGGUCAUUCUUGAGGGUUGGUAAGGUUCUUGCGGACUUUCAAGUAAACAUUGGGAACAAGAGUUAUGAAGCAGAAUAUAAAAUCUUAUUAAGGGAGAUGGUGUCAGAGAUAGGAGAUCCGAACGAUGGGCCUGUAGUAAGGUGGAUGAAAAAGGAUAUAUUCGAUGUGAGGGUUAGGUCAGGCCUUUCGUUCAAUAAUCAAGAGAUUCUUGUUUCUGAUGUAUUCAAUGCAGCUUUUGAAAGGAUACAUGAAAUGGAUCCAGUUGUUUUGGAGGGUAAUGAUGUGGCUCUGGCAGUACUACUUGACCAAGAGGAUGGAUACAAGUUCUCAAAACUGUGCAAGAUUAUGGAGAUGUUGCGUUUCUUCAACACCCUUGAGGAAUUUUCAAGAAGAACACUUAACAGCAGAAUGAUGAUCAUUAAGUACAUGAAUUCCAUUGUAAAGACGGGCUUUUCAUCUCUGUAUGACGAUUCCUGUAGCAGAAUGUCGAAUCUGCUCAUACUUCAUGACAUGUUCAUUGAAGUAGAUAGGGUUUUAGGUUUGUUCUUUGGAGAGGUAAGCGAUGGAAUGGUGCAGUUGUCAGAAAUCAGAAAGAUGAAGAACUAUGUGGAAAGACAUAUAGUGGAUGCAGUGCAUGAAUGGUGUAUUUGGGUACUCUCUGAUGAAUUUCUUUCUGAAAGAAUAGUAAGGAUUGCCAAAGAGAAGGGGGGCAGAAAAUUUAAGGUUUCGCUUGGAUAUACCAUUCUAAAGAGGUUAGACAGGUAUAUAACGACCAUGAGGUUGGGAGAUUGUGCACCUGGUAAUUCUCAGCAAGUUCAGGAAGCAACGGCCUUGGCAUCUAGAAUCAGGUCUACUUAUACAAAGCUCGACGAUGGGUGCAAUACAAUCAAUAGGAUAUUAGAGGACAUGAGGGGAGACUUAGAUCUGUUUUACGGAGAAAUAGAUAUGGUAUUUUCAUCAAUGGAGAAGAUCCUAGAGAUGAAGUGGAAAGACGUGAAAGAAACAAAAGAAAUAGAAGAUCUCAUGAAUAAAGUGGGGGCACUUGAAGAUAGGGUAUACUCCUACAGAUUCUUUGUGAUGAAGAUAGCCAAGGAAGAAAUGAAGGCAAUAUUUUCGAAGCAGAUUCGGAAAAGAAUGGUAUUUUCACUUGACCCAAAGGCUUAUCUGGAAUUCUUCAAGCUCUAUGAAAAGAGUAUUGUGAUACGGGGAAUAAAUAGAUCAAUGAGCAGGGUGUUUUCACAGUAUCUUGAAUCGGUACUUGAGGCACUAAAGAAGGAUGAUAGCAACUUUUUUACCUCGAGACAUAGGGUUAAAGGAGAAGGGAUAAAGAGCACCAGAGGGUGGCAUGAUUUGGAAGAUUGCUUUGAACCUCCUCUCUCUGAAUACUUUAAGAUUCUGGAUAAGAUAUUCCCCUCUUCGGGAGGAUACUUCUUUGAUGAGAUUCUUCGAAGUUUUAAACCUGAUUAUGAGAUAAAAGCCAAAGUGGAAGACAUAAUUGAAACGGUUGUAAUGAAGUACGACCUUUGCCUGGGAACCUUAAGGUGGAUCUCGAUUGCAGAGCUUCCUCUAGGGUUGCAUGAAAGAUUCAUAAGGAUAAGAGAUUCUUACAGAAGCACAGAGAUGCUGGUUAAGAACACGAUCCCCUUCUUUGUUUUUGAACACAGUAUGGAUGUUUCUGAACAUAUGAAGCUGUUUGAGGGGGUGUGCAAUGAAGUUCAGAAGUUUGUGGAUAUAGAAAACUCCAGAGUUUGGGACAUGCUGACCUCUGAAAAGAUUAGUGCAGAUGAUCAUGUAUGGUGGAGAAAGAACAUAAAGGAGGAUGAUUUGGUGGACAGGAUAUCUAAAGUGGUAUUAAUUGAUGAGUACUUGAACUCGGAUGAAUUCAAGACUCUUGAAGAACUGAAUGAGGCUAUAGUUGAAUACGAGAUGAGAGGGCCAAGUAUAUCAAUUGAAAUGAUCAGGAAUGAAAGGGACGCGGCUUUAAAUGCAAAUAGAAGGGUUUUGAGCAUGUUUUUGAAUGACAUCCCAUUUGACACCAUAAGAUUAAGGCGAGAAUCUUUGAUUGAGGAAACCAGAGAUCUUGAAGAGAAGAUAAAUGAUGUAACUAAAGAGAAGGACGAGCUUAUAUUUUGGCCUGUGUUUAAGUCCCUUAAGGCUAGAUACAAAGAGCUCGGGGAAAGGAUUGAAAGCUUCAACAGGGUUCUUAAGAUUGUAGGACUACCAGUAGUUUCUGAUGCUCUUAAUGAAAAACUAGCUGUCCUGGAUGGUGAGUGGGAUAGCUUCAGUAAACUUAGCAGCUCUCUUAAGAAAUACGAGUCUCAGAAGGUAUGCAAUGUGGAUAUCAACCAGAUCACCUCAUUCCUAAAGCUCAUUGAUGUGGGGAGAUUCCAUGCAAGAUACUACAAAGAGUUUUUGAAUAAGAUAAGACAUUACACGGCAGCAUGCGGUUAUCUACAACAUUUAAAGAGUCUAUAUAUGAAGAAAAAAUAUUUCGACGUGGAGAUGGAGGUUAAGCAAUUUUUCUUUAUGUUCAACAAGGAGGACAUAGAGCAGAAAAUUACAGAUUCGAGAAUUGAAUAUGAGGUCGAAAGAUACAUAGAAAAGGUUAGAGGGGAGAUAUCUUUGAUGAAACUAGAGACACGGUUUACCAGGGAUGGACAACUGGUUGUAUCAAAUAUAGAUGCCAUUGGAGAUAAGAUAAACAAGCUUCUAGUAGAACACGAUUCAAUAUCAAGGUUCAACAAGAAACAUUUCUUCUUUGAAGAGCUUAAUGAUGCUAGGCUACUAAUGAGUAGAUGUCUUGACCUCCUAUCCUGUCUUGAAGAGGUGCAAAGAGGAGUACUGGAGUUUACAAACGUCUUUUCUUCCGACCUACUCCAGUUUGAAGCCAAGAAGUACUCAAUGAUAAGACAAAGAUUCUCUGAUCGGUUGUUUGGAUCCAACUCUUCAGAAGUUGUCCGAAGCAAGGAUGCCGAGCUAGAGGCCCUUUUGCCUUUUAAAGAUAAGCUUCUGGAGAUGAAAAGAGAUCUUGAUGAUAUAUCAAGAGGGCUUAAGACCUUUCUCAAAAGAUAUAGGAAAGAAACACCCAGGCUAUAUUUUAUUUCUGACGAAGAUCUUAUCAAGGCAUUGAACAAUAGAUUCUAUUACGAAGAAAUAGCAAGAAUGAUGUUCAAUAUAGAUUCUAUUAUAGAAAAGAAUGGGAGUGUUAUAGGGUUUGAAAGCUGUGGAGAAAGGGUAAUGCUGGAAAAGGAAGUUCGAAUUGAUCAGGACCUUGCAAGUUUCAUUAGGAUAUUUUCAAAAGAGAUUAGCGACACUCUCAAGUCCUGGUUUUACAAAGGUCUAGAAGGCAUGGAGGAAGGAUGCCCAUCAAUCAUUUCUGACCUCAUUGUUGAGUUCAAGUACUUCAACAUGAAAAGCUGUGAAAUGACUCCAAAGCUUAAGGUGCUUGAAAGAGAAAUGGAGAAGUAUCCAAAUGGGGUGAAUCGGUUGUAUCCAAAGCCAAUUAUGAUAGAUGGGGUGGUUUACAUGGAUUCCAUUGAAAGGACAGAAUAUGGCUUUGAGUAUUAUCCUCCAACAGAUAUUGUAUUUACGUCUUUAGUAUGCCGAGUGGUUUCAAGCAUAGUUAUCUCGCUAAGAAGCCUGUGCGGUGCAAUUCUGUAUGGAAGGAGUGGAACAGGAAAGACAGAGUCUGUGAAAUACUAUUGUAGGCUUGUUGGAAAGCCUGUUUUUGUAUUUUGCUGUAACGAGGGAUGUGAGUUAGCGACUCUAAGGAAUGUCAUUGAGGCUGGGGUUCUAACUGGGUCUUAUUUAUGCUUUGACGAGUUCAAUAGACUGAGUGAAGAGAUAAUGAGCGGAGCUACAGAGCUGAUUCUCUCGAACAAGGAAAGGACAAAGUUUUUUCUUACAAUGAACAUAGGAUAUAAGGGGCGAUACCAACUUCCUAGAAGCCUAAGAGGUGUGUUUGGAGAAAUAAGAAUCGAUACACCUGAUAUGAAGGACAUCAUCGACCACUAUUGCGGGGAAGUCUCUGAAAAGGUUUAUAGCUUGAUGUGCGAAGUGGAAGCUAACGUGAGUAAGCAGGAGCACUAUGAUUUUGGGCUAAGGGCAGUCCGAAUGAUUGCAAGACAAAAGGAAGAAUUUGAGAUCACAAAAUCGAUCAUCUAUUUCUACAUGGCAUGUCUUCUAAAGAAGGAUAAGGGAGUGCUUGCCAGGGAAAUCAAAAAGACUUUUGGAAUAGAAAUAAAUGUAGAUCUCACAUACAAAGAGGUGCUGACAUAUGGACUUGAAAGCAGAAGAGGAGUUCUUAUUAUUGGUAGGAACGGUGUUGGAAAAAGCACGCUGAUAAAAACAGUACAAGAUGCAAGGAAAGCAGAGUGUUUCCACUACAACCCAAGGAAUAUGGGUAAGGUGUUUGGGUGGAGAGACGAUGUCACUGGGGAGUGGAGGGACAGCAAGUUUAUCCGAGACUUAAGGAGAAACAUGCAUAGGGAGAAGGAAUGCUGGUUUGUAUUUGAUGGAAUUGUGGAUUCUUUUUGGAUUGAAGAUUUCAAUUCGAUAUUGGAUGAGAAUAGAUUGCUGUGCUUAAGCUCUGGAGAAAGAAUUAGAAUUCCAGACCACUACAAGUUUGUAUUUGAAAGUACAUCCAUGGAAAAGCUAACGCCUGCAACGCUGACUAGGGUAUUUCUUGUAUAUAUGGAGGAGGACGAAUCUUUACACAUGCUAGAUGGGCAAGAUGCCACUAGUAUUGAGGGAGAUGUAAGGUAUGAUGGAAGCAGAAUUCCUGAGUUCCCGUUUAGGAAGUUGAUUCCAACGGAAGAACAAAGUUUUUAUGCCAAGAGUAUUGAAAGGUUGGCAAAGGAUGGCAGAAGAGCUCUCUUGAUCAGAGGAGAAGCAGGGGUUGGAAAGAGAUCAUUGAUCGAAGAGGUUUUUCCGGAUAAUGUUAUUGUGAUUGAAGGAAAAGGAUUAGAAGCUUCAAUGAUUGAAAGAAAACUAGGAGAGGAUAGGAUAAAAAGGAUAAGAGGAGAAAAGGUAUACGACACAAGAUCUGUAGUUUACAUUGAAGGAUUUGAUUGUACGGAUGCAAACUUAGUAGAAAUGGUUAGGGAACACAAUGAACAUGGAAGAGUUGGAGAGCUGGAAAUGAAAGACGUGGUUUUGGUAUGUGGGAUUGAUGAAAAGAGAGGAGAAGACGCUGUUUCUGGCACGAUGGCAGAAAGGUUAAGAAGAAAUAUAAGAUCGAUAUAUGUGGAGGCGCCUCGAGACAUAUCAUUUUUAUUUGAGGAGAAGAUCAGGAAAAUCUUUAAAGACACAAGGCAUUUUCAGGAAUCCAAAAAGAUCCUAGAGGUAGUACUGUUUGUUUACAAAAGCCUUGAUACCUCUCUUAGGAGGAUUAUAGGAUUCAUCGAGACACUAGGGGAUUUGUGUGCAGAGGAUGGAGAUAUGGUUGACUUAGUAUAUUUUGAAUCGAAGAUUUACUUUGGAGAACUUACGAACCUACGAAAUGAGAUACGAAGGAUAUUUGGAAAAGGAGCCAAUGAGGUUGAGUUUGAUCUUGAGACUAGGAGGUUCAAGAAAGCUAAGGAGAGUGACGAUGUCUCUUAUGUAGGGUCGAUUCUUCAUAGAGGAUAUAGCAUUGUGAUUGAAGGGCCUAAGAUGUCAGGCAAGCAUUGGCUGAUAAGAGAGUGUAUGAGGCGUAUGAAGAUAAAUGUAAAAAUGGUUGGAAAUGAGGAUGAAAAGAAGAUUAAUGGGCAAACAGCCUUCCUUGUAGAGAAUGGGCUUGAUCUUGGGAAAGAUAUACUCAGCCAAUGCAUGAUGUUCAGGUUGAAAAGGGCCCCUUAUUAUUCUAUAGACCUACUUAAAGUUUACAAUAUGGCCAUCAAUGAGGAUAUAUUACAGGGAGGUGGAUGGAGAAGAUGCCUUGUGUCUGAGGUUGGAAUGUGUAUUGAUUCUGAGAACAUAGGGAUAUUGCUUGAAACGCCUUCUCCGAUAAUAAAUGUUGAGGAAGAUGGGCAUCCCUCUUCAUGUCUCCAUCCGAACGUUAUAACAACAAGCUUUUUCUGUAAGGCGAUCGGGCUUGUAGAGAGCUUUGUUCAGAUUUAUAGAAUGUUUAGAGAGAAUGAGGCAAAGAGAAAAGAAUUUCUAGUAGAGGGACUGCAGAAGAUUGAAGAGUUCAGGAAGGAGGCAUGGGCAUUGCGAUCUGAAUCAUCUCAAAAGAAGAAAGAUCUACAGGAACUCAAUUCCAAACUGGACUGGCAACUUGAGAAGAUUAUUGCUUCUCAGAAACAGCUAGAAAACGAGAAGAGUGUUAUUGGGAGUAGGAAAAGCGAAAUGGAAGGUGCACUAAAGAUAAACCAGAAGAAGCAGGAGGUGAUGGAUAAAAGACUUGCAAUGGCUAAAACACUGUUGGAAGAAUCAAAAAGAAGUAUUGAAGAGCUCCCCAAGAGUAGUCUAUCGGAGAUAAAAGUGAUGAUAAACCCCCCGGAAAUAAUCAGAAACACUAUCGAGGCUGUAUUCUGGCUUGUAGAAGGGGCAUCCAAGGGAGAUACAGAAAAGAUUGAGUGGAAGAGAUUGAUUCAGUUUGUGAAAAGAGAGGAUUUUGUCUCCAAGGUUUUGAACUGCAAAGGUACCACGAUCCCUGAUAUUCUUGAGGAGUUAAUGUCCAAUCCGCUGUUCACCUACGAGAAAGCACAGAAUGCAAGCAAAGCUUGUGGGUCUCUUUUCAUGUGGGUGAUGGCAAGGUACAAAUAUGCUAGGAUCAUGGCAGAGAUUUUGCCCAUGGAAGAGGAGAUAGCGGUGCUUGACAGUAGUAUCAAAAAAAGCAGAGGGGAGAUAGAGAAAGAAGAAAAGAAGCUUGCAGAUAUUGAGAAUAUGAUUGAGGCCAUGAAGGAUGAAUAUAGUGCAUCGACACUUAGGCUUGAAACUACAAAAACAGAAAUAUCAACUGCUGACGAAAAAGCUUCACUUAUUAAUAAGAUCAUAGAGGAACUAUCUGACGAGGUUGAUAAAUGGAAAAGAAUGAAGUACUUAUGCCCGAUAAGGUAUAUGCUUACAAACACAGACUGGAUUCUUCACCACAAUAGAAACGGGUUCGUUCAUGGGAGCAGUAUUUCCGGGCUCCUUAAAGCGGGAAGGUUUAUUUCCACAAGCCUUUCAGACAAGAAUUAUAAGCAAGUUCUAUCAAAUUGUAACUAUUAUGGAAACGACGUUAUUGUCUAUGGCUGUGAUCGAUUUGAUAGAGAUAUAUACAAGGCGCUGAAGCGGCAGAUGGACAAUGCCACACACUCAAUCAUACUGGUAUCGAACUCAAGGGCAAACUUUUACAAGGGAUAUACAUACAAUUGUAGGUUUGCAGAGAGGUUUGAAGCAGAGAAGUCUGGAAACCUGGAAAGGUCUGAGGAAAGGCUCCUUGAACUGAUAGUCGGGCAUGCACCACUCGAAGAGAUAUAUAAACAUAAAAAGGCACUGGAAGAGGAGAGAAAUAUUGACAGGCAGCAUUCUAAAAAAAGAGAAGUCUAUGAAGUCCUCAAUACGGUGUUUGAUAAGAAAAGCGAGAGCUUUUUUAAUGUGUAUUCAGUACAGCUUUCCUUCAGAAUCUAUAAGGAAUAUGUGGAGAGUGUAUUGUAUCCCAUAUUGAGUAGUAAAAUAUGUAAUGAUAACUGCAAGGACCUGUGGAUCAGGAUUAUGGAUACAGAUAUGAGCGUUUUAAGGGACAUAAUUUCGAGCAAUGUGGACUCGUUCUACUCCAGCUCAUUUCCGGAUACCAAGAGUGGAUACACAGAUAUUCUAUGCGAAAUGACUAGAUAUCCAUUUGACUACACACUGGUACUGGCCUGUGAUGAUGCAAUGCACAUGAUUGAAGAGAAGAUGAAGAUAACUUCUGUGAUAUCGGCUGGGCCUAAGGAAAAUAAUGAGAAAAUCCGGGAGAUGUUGGAGGAGAAAUCGCAAGAAAGUAAGAUCUAUCUGAUCAAGAAUAUUCAUUACCUAGGGAAUGCUAAGAAAACAGGGAAUAAUAGGUUAAUACUUACGAUUGAAGAAGGGAAGAGGCAUUCUCUGAUGGAAGACACUAAGGUUGCCUACUGCAAGAGAUAUGCAAGUCAGGAGGCUUCAGACUUUGAUAUGAUUUCUGAAGGGGAUCCUGAGCUGAUAAAAUUCCAUAUAGAAAUGAUGACUAGGAAUGGGCAGUUUGGAGUGAAAGAUCUCCUGCUCUGUACUGAGAACAUGGGACAUUGUGACAAGGAGUAUUUGAAAACCAUUGUAUAUAGCAGCAGAAUCGACUUAUGA